ACGUCACACAGGGAAAUCCCAGAGAGCGUGUACAUAAAAUGAAGCUGUCCAGCUAAUUCACUCACAUUUGAGUGCUUACAAGAUCAAGACCACCAAGACACAAUGAAGACUGUGGCAAUUUUUCUUGCUUUCAUCUGCUUGACUAUUUUUGCUGUUAAAGGGCAUCCUGGAGUUAGCAAACUAAGGUGUAUAUGUCAAGGACCUGGUGUCAAAAUGGUGAACCCAAAGAUGAUAGAGAAGGUUGUAAUUCACCGUGCCAGUGCAUUCUGUAAUCGCCUGGAAAUUGUAGUGACGCUGAGGAAUGUUGGGUCAAGGUGUUUAAACCAAUAUUCUUCAUUUACCAAAAGCAUCAUUGACAGGAUGACAAAGAAAGAGACAAGGAGUACUAAGAAUUGAAAUGGUUCAUUUCCAGUUGCAAGUGUCAAUGCUGCAGCCAAUGUGGACUCUGUUUUUAAAAAGCUGAUUUUGUGUGUAAUAUUAUUUAUUAUUAAUAUUAUUUGUUAUUUUUUAUUUAAAUUUUCAAAUAAAUUUUCAUUAACGUUUCAUAAUUUCUCCAUUGUGUUAUUGUUACAAACUGUAAAAUGAAAAUUUCAGAGUAUAUUUCAAACAAUGAUAGAUAACACUUAAAGCAGCUUAAAUGUUGUGUAUUAAUUACAUUCAUUAGAAAAGUUGUUUCUUUGAAAAGAAAAAGUGAAAUGCAUGAGUUUUAAAGGGACCAUAGCAUGAAAAUCUGACUUUUUCCAUGUUUAAGUGAUAUAUACAGUAGCUAUAUUUCAUCAGUGUCCCUCUAAUUCCCAUAUCAUUACUGUAAUGUCAUAAUUUACUUUUUUUAAUGCGGAGUAAUGUAUGAGUAAGUAAAUCUAAACAUUUGAAUGUUUGACUGGACAUUAUGGAUAAAUGUUAUUAUAUUUUUAAUAAUUUGUUAAAAAAAAUUAUAAACUUGAUUUUUUUCGAAAAUAGUGAAAAUUACUGCAUUCAAGUAUAGUAAUAGCACAUUUCAUUGUGUUCA